ACAGACAAAUGAAUAAUUUGUUUUGUUUUACUUUGUUGGGAGGAGGUUUCGGGGUUUAUAGGAAAAAGAAUUCCUAAAGUCAUCUCUUUAGGCUUUAAGAAAGCACCACAAUCACUUGUAUUUCACAUUUUGGCACUUUCUUGGCACUUGUUUGUCUCUAUUACUGAAACCCCUUUUUUACAAAAAUUCAAGAUUUUCAUUUUUCAGAAGCCAAAGUUGAAAUCUUUAGGUUAAUAUGGAUGAAGACAGAAUAGGGUUAGUACUGGCUAGAAUCUCUGAGCUGAGAGUAGAGAUUACAAACUGCAUUCACAAAGCAUCCAAGAAAUUAGAUGAAGAAGAAGUGGAAUCUGCAAAUGGAACAAGCCUCGAGGCUGAGGAUGAUGAAGCAGUGGAUUGUUUGUUGAAGAUUAAGGAUGCUCUUGAAUCACUUGAAGCCCAAGUGUCUUCUCUGCAGGCACUACAAGAGCAACAAUGGUAUGAAAAAGAAGCAGCGCUGUCUGAGAUAGGUUAUAGUCAAGAAAAGCUGCUCCAGACACUGAAAGGCUACAAAGGCAAGGACUUCCAAGUCAUACACGAGGCGAUUGCUUUUGUUUCUGAAACAGUAGGAGACAACAACGAUCUUCUACUUCCUCCGUACCCAAGCAGACCAUCUCGUGCCAUGGUGUCAGACAAAGGUUAUGGCGCACACUUGCCAUCUGCACGAAAGUUCACUCAAAAUGGGGUAACUGGUAGCCACAACCACUACUCCAGGAAAGAUCUCGAUGAAGCUAACCAAGAAAGAUCCGAGUCUAAAAGCCCAUUAAAAAUGGUUAAGUUCUUCAUUAGUGCAGCAGCCAAGACAGCACUUACAGUUGUUGGUGUAAUCUCUGUCUUGAGUUUGGCUGGAUUUGAGCCUCAGCUAAAGAAACGGGAUAAUCAGCUCAAGGUGUCGACCUUGUUUCAACAGCUUGCAAGCAAGGAGGCGACAGUGGUUGUUGAAUGCCCUCCAGGAAAAGUCCCAGUGGUUGUUGAAUGCCCUCCAGGAAAAGUCCCAGUGGUUGAAAAUGGGGAAACUCGGUGCGUCGUGAAAGAGAGAGUUGAGAUCCCAUUUGAAUCAGUUGUGGCAACUCCAGAUGUAAAUUAUGGUUGUGGAUGAAAAUGUUAAGUCAUUUUCAGCGUUUGUGUAAAUCCCACUGAGUUUUUGACUCUAUUUGAACUUUGCUGAAAGUCUUGUGGCCUGACAUUGUUUGUCUUAGCUAGGGAAAGUUCAAUCUGAAAAUAAAAUCUCAUACUCAAUUGUACCCUGUAACUUCCUCUUUUCAUAUGCUGAAGAAUUCCCACCACAGGA